GGCAUUUUCCCACAACACCCCGCUGCUGCUCGCACAGAUGACGAAAAUGGCGGACAACUCAUCGUCGGUCGAGAUUGUGGAAGGCUGUCGCCUACCGGUUCUUCGUAAAAACCAAGAACACGAAGACGAAUGGCCACUGGCUGAAAUUCUGAGUGUGAAGGAAGUCUCUGCGAGAAAGCUCUACUAUGUUCACUACAUUGACUUCAACAAACGCCUGGAUGAGUGGGUCACAACGGACAGGCUGGACAUGAAGAAGCUUCAGUUCCCUAAGAAAGAAGCUAAAACACCAACCAAGAACGGUCUUCCAGGUUCCCGUCCUAGUUCUCCGGAGAGAGAAGUGAGGAAGAGUAUAGAGCUCAACCUACCACCUGCCACAGCUCCAUCCAGAGGCAAAACCCUCCCCACACCGGUACAAAAGAGGAAAGUAGAGCCCGUCCCCUUGGCUCCUCAGGUAUCCCCGGCCCCCCCUGUGCCCUCCCUGCCAAGUUCAGCUGAAGCCACUCAGGCAUCUGUUUUUCCUGCUGUGAGAGAGACGCCCACCUUUAAGUCCCGCGAAGACCAUGAGCUCACAACGCAGAACGGCACCGCCCGACGACUCAUCCCCACUCAGCCCGGAAGGAAAAGGAAAGCUAAUUGUGGGGGAACUGACGAGAUGAUAAAGGUUUUGCAGUAUAGCAACCCUCAAAGUGCCAGUGUCUUUCUGCCACCACCAGAGGAUUCCCAGGACAGCUCGGAUGGCAUCCCCACUGCACCCCGCAUGACGGGCAGUUUAGUGUCUGAUCGCAGCCACGACGACAUCGUCACCCGGAUGAAGAACAUAGAGUGUAUAGAGUUAGGACGGCACAGAUUGAAGCCCUGGUACUUCUCUCCGUACCCACAGGAACUCACCUCGCUGCCCAUCCUCUACCUCUGUGAAUUCUGUCUCAAGUACCUCAAAAGCCUCAAGUGUCUUCAGAGGCAUUUAACCAAAUGUAAUCUAAGGCAUCCUCCAGGCAAUGAGAUCUACCGCAAAGGCACCAUCUCCUUCUUUGAGAUCGACGGCAGGAAAAACAAAAAUUAUUCCCAGAACCUGUGUUUACUUGCGAAGUGUUUCCUUGACCACAAAACACUGUAUUACGACACAGACCCUUUCCUCUUCUACGUAAUGACCGAGUACGACUCCAAAGGCUUCCACAUAGUGGGCUACUUCUCCAAGGAAAAGGAAUCGACUGAAGAUUACAACGUUGCCUGCAUCCUCACCUUGCCGCCUUACCAGCGGAGAGGUUAUGGCAAACUGCUCAUUGAGUUCAGUUAUGAGCUGUCCAAAGUAGAGGGGAAGACGGGAACUCCUGAAAAGCCGCUUUCUGAUCUUGGUCUCUUGUCCUAUCGUUCCUACUGGUCCCAAACUAUCUUGGAAAUACUAAUGGACCUUAAACCUGACAAUGGAGAAAGACCACAGAUCACCAUCAAUGAGAUCAGCGAGAUCACAAGUGUAAAGAAAGAAGAUGUUAUUUCAACACUUCAGUACCUCAACUUAAUCAACUAUUACAAGGGUCAGUACAUUCUGACUCUGUCAGAGGACAUUGUGGAUGGACAUGAGAGAGCAAUGCAGAAGAGGCACCUGCGCAUAGAUCCUAAAUGCCUUCAUUUCACUCCAAAGGACUGGAGCAAAAGGGGCAAGUGGUAGAGUCCUGAGCUGGUCCACUGAAUAUUCAGCCUGAACCAGGACAGCCGACCUGAAGCAAACGGUGGAUCAGACGAAGGUUUUUGUGUCUUUCUUAUCAAGAACCUUUUUGAACCCAGGAGCUCUCUUCAAUAAACAGUGAACUUUUUUUUUUAUUUUUUUUUUUUAUUCAUUAUAUAUUGUGAAUCUAAAAAGGCUGUCAAACUUGAGAAAAGGAGAGAGACUGGUAAUGGUAACACCGCCAAAACACAACACACCUUCUACUGUGUAAAAGAUCCUGUUUAUGACCAAAACAGUGCAUUAAAAAUGACAAUAAGGUGUCUAACAGUGUAUAAUUGCAAACGCACAAACCACUGAAUGGUUGUUUUUAUAGACAAUAAUUUCCGAUCCUUCGGUGAACUGCUUCAUCUGCUGAUAAAUCCGCAUUUUGUAAAACUCACCAAGAACAUCUGUUUCCUCCUCGUUUCUUUUUGUCAGCACCAUGUCUGCAUCCCUUCCACCUGCCA